UGCCGGGGCGCGGGCGGUUGGGCCCCGGGCUGGCGUGGGGCUCGCUCGCUCCUCACCGCCCUGCUUCGGGGUCGGGGCGCCGGUGUGGGGUCUCUGGCGCGCGCCCCGAGCCCCGGGCGGGUUGAUGGAAGGCGCCGUUGGAGGAGGGUGGAAGGCGUUCUUCGCCCACACCUUCGCUGUGGAGGAGCGAAGCGCCGAGUCGUUACAGUGGGGAUCCUGGCAGGGAGAGCACUGCGCCCUAAAAAGUUGGUGCUUUAAAAAAAAAAGUUUGUCCCAGCACCAAAGAAAAUGUUCAAGAACAAAACUUGGGAGUUUUAGUCACUUAACUGCCGGGACACCUUCUUUGGACACCUGCGUCAGCCAGCUUUAAAUGUAAUAUCCAAGCAUUUCAAUAACUUAAAAAAAAAAAAAAAAAAAGCUACCAGAAACCUGGACCCCCGCCUUUGGAAGCAGACACCUCUGAUGGAGAGUUAGCAAGCAUGUCGGAAUCGGACGUCCUCAGCAUCGGAGACGCUCCCCAGCGCCUGACGGGCUCGCAGGAGCUGACGCCCUCCAGUUCUCCCAUGUGUGUCCAGUCCGUCAGCAGCGUAUCCGAUUUGCCGCAGAAUGAAGGAAUCUCCAUACAUGGAGAAAGGGAAAAUGAGCCCAAACUCACAUUGCAUGAAACUUUUUACAGCACCGUGCAUGACCUGCUGCAUGGCGCUUACCUUGGAGACUGCUCCCAGCGUGUGCACAUUCAUCCAGUGCACGCCAGCCAUCCUCCCCUGGGGCCCCUCUGCGAGGCUCACUGGGCAGAGGUGUUUCCUGAUAAAACAACAGUGCCUCAGCAUCUGACAGAAGGCUUCUACCAUGUGGAGGAGCCAGAGCCGCAAAACCUGGGGUGCAGUUAUGUGGAAGACAUUUACAUAAAGCAGGAUGCAUUGGAACAAGAAGACCCCGAAGAGACUAGCAUUGCAACAAAAAAUGAUACAUUUCUUAAGGAAUGUGCCAGACGAUCUCCCAGCAGCCCAGCUCUCAUCUGCUGCGAUGAAGAAUCAUGGAGCUUCACAGAACAGCCCCUGGCGGGCUGUGCUGCCAGGGAGUCGGCCCUCCGUCCAGAGCGACCACAGAGCUGCUUCUAUGAGAAUGACGGUUACUAUAAUGUUGAAGGAUCAGCUUAUGGCACAGAUCGCUUUGACCUGCAUGAUCUGAGAGUUAGUGACAAAGCAGAGGAGGCUGAAGUUGCUUCAAAAGAAACGCAAAACCCUGAAGAGACAGCCCAGACUCCGGCCCAGCCCCAGGAGAAGGCGACAGCAGAGGGCCUGGGGGGUGCACAGCUUGUGCCAGCCUGGCCUCUCGCGGGCAUCUCCUGGAGUGGCGAGGACCGCAGGACGCCUGACACGGAGCAGAGCUCGGAGAGCCUGCAGCCUGCAGAAGAGGACAUGGCGUUAAACGAAGUGUUAAAGAAGCUGAAACACACCAACAGAAGACAGCAGGUGCGCAUCCAAGACCUGCAGUGCAGCAAUCUGUAUUUGGAGAAGAAGGUGAGAGAGCUGCAGGUGAAGGUUGCUAAGCAGCAAGGGUUCGUGGACAUCAUCAACAAGCUAAAGGAGAACAUCGAAGAAUUAAUCGAAGACAAAUACAACCUAAUCCUAGAGAAGAAUGAGGCUAACAGGACACUGCAGAAUCUGCAGGAGGUUUUAGCCAACACCCAGAGACAUCUGCAGGAAUCCAGGAAAGAGAGGGAAGUUCUACGACUCGAAGUCAAAAAGGUCAAGGUCAGUUAUAUUCGUCUGCAGGAAAGACACCUCACUGAAAUGCAAGCAAAACACAUCUCUGUAAACCAGUGCACACAGACGGACCAAGAGGAAGGAGCCGAGAAGCCGCCGCAUCCCAGAGGAACGCUGGACCAAGGCUUCGUCAUCCAAGAGGAAGGGGCGCAGAAGCCGCAUCCCAGAGGAACGCCGGACCAAGGCUUCGUCAUCCGAGAGGAAGGGGCGCAGAAGCCGCAUCCCAGAGGAAUGCUGGACCAAGGCUUCGUCAUCCGAGAGGAAGGGGCGCAGAAGCCGCCGCAUCCCAGAGGAACGCCGGAGAAGGUCGGCUCCUCUGACCUGGACUUGUUGAAAAGGGAAAAAGAGACUCCAGAACGAGAGUUCUUCUAUUUACGGGAGGAAUUCCAGAAACAUGAGGAGAAAAACCUGGAAGAAAGGCAGAAAUUGAAAUCUAGACUUGAGAGAUUGAUGACCCAUGUUAAAAAUGUGCAGUUGGUGUGUGGAAGUGAAAGGACUAAGAAUCCAACUCUCCAGCAGCAGGUGGAGGAAGUGCAAAGAGAAAAUGCACAAGUUGAGCAGCCAGUGGCAAGCAGCAAGGAGCAGAACGGCGGCGUCCCCACGUUGCACAUGGCUCAGCUGAAGGAGCAGCUGGAGGACGUGAUGGAGGCAGGCAUCAACAAGGAUGCAGGAGUGAUGCGUUCUCACGUGUUCCUGCCUCGCUCAUCUGCCCAAGAGAGCCUGGAUGCUCCAGAUGCCAAGAGGACUCAGCUGGUCCCCCAAAUCCACAGCCUGCUGGCUCUCAUGUUAGGACUUCUCACGUGUCAGGACUUCAUCAGUCUGCACGCUGGCCGUUGCAGGGAGCGCGAGAGAGUGAGCGAUGUGAUGCUGCAGAUACUGAAGAGCUUCCAUCUGAAAAACAAAAGCUUGGAUCAAGAGCUACUGAAACAUAAAGACAAAAUCACCACCUUGAGAGAGAUGAUUGCUAACGAGAAGUCAUUUCAAGACCAUGCCUUUGAGGUCACAGACUUGGAUCACAGUGAGACCAAGCGCGUCAGGGAUUUGCCUGUCUUCUUGGGGACCACGCUGGAUAAGCACCGCAGCCUGAACGAGGAGCUCGAUUUCUUGAUCACAAGAUUAGGAUACCUGCUUGAGUCGAAAGAGGACCGCUGCAGCAGACUCAUGGAAGAAAAUGACAAGUAUCAAAGAUAUUUAGGCAGCUUAAUAAAUAAGGUCACGUCGUACGAGGAGAUCAUCCGGUGUGCGGACCAGCGGCUGCAGAGCUCGCGCUCCCAGAUCGCACUCUUGGAAGAGAGAAAUAAAUAUUUGGAAGAUUUAGUGAGAAGACCCAGAGAAAGUGCCAGAAAACCAAGGCUGUCUGAGAACAAACGUGCCUCCCUCAGCAUGAUGCUCAAGGACGCUGAAUCUGCCCCAGUCUUUCUUGCAAUAAACAGUAAUGACUUUCAGUAAACCACGUGACAGGCUCUGUGUCAGAUGCCACAGACCCGGAGAAAAAUUAGGUGAAGAACACGGGCGGACAUUACCUCCUGAGGCUGUGCUAAGGCUGUGCGUGGCUGUCCCCAUCCACGUGGACACUGUGACAGCUUCCUCCCCUCUGCCACAGUGCGUACCCCAGACA